UCUCUGCUCGUGUUUUUCGGGCUCGGCUUCCACUGGGGAAGCAGCAUGAUGUCAUUGUAAAAACGAAGGAAACUCUGCGAUCAUUGUGCAACACAGGAGCCGAAAAUCUGACGAGAUUGCUGGCGUUGCAAGAUUGCCAGUGUCGUUUAGACUCCCAGAAGAAAAGACUGAAUGCAUUGGAUAUAAUAAAAGCAGCGGGGUAAAUCCCCUGUGAUUGCGUUGGUGAGCAUGGAGGAUUAUGACUUUUUAUUCAAAAUUGUGCUGAUAGGAAAUGCAGGAGUGGGGAAAACCUGCCUCGUCCGACGCUUCACUCAGGGCCUGUUCCCUCCUGGACAAGGUGCGACCAUAGGAGUCGACUUCAUGAUCAAAACUGUUGAAAUAAAAGGAGUUAAAGUAAAGCUCCAGAUCUGGGACACAGCCGGGCAGGAGAGGUUUCGCUCCAUAACCCAGAGCUACUACCGCAGUGCCAACGCCCUCAUCCUCACCUAUGACAUCACCUGCGAGGAUUCCUUCCGGUGCCUUCCUGAGUGGCUGAGGGAGAUUGAGCAGUAUGCCAACAACCAAGUGGUGACAAUCUUAGUAGGGAAUAAGAUAGACCUGGCCGACAAGCGUGAAGUCCAUCGGCAGCGAGCGGAGGAGUUUGCGGAGUCUCAGAGCAUGUUGUAUCUGGAGACCUCGGCCAAAGAGUCGGACAACGUGGAGAAGCUCUUCCUGGACCUGGCUUGCGAACUGAUCCGCGAGGCCAAGCAAAACACGUUGGACAACAACGACUCCACCCCCAUGCCCGGAGAAGGGAAAAACAUCAAUUAUUUGAGUUGCUGCAGCAGCAUGAACUAGUAGAUUUGGCCACCCUUUCUGGCUCGAGGGGCGACACGGAUUGCAUACAAAGUGGUUGUAUUGUCAGUGCAAUGCAAACACUACAGUGGUUAGUCUUUUAAAGUCUACUACUUUACCCGUCCUCAAACCCUUGGGUAUUUUAAACCGUACUCUGUACAUUCGAGAUCAGAAUAUGCUGCUUUCAAUGAGGGCACUAAAGCUCUUGAUGGUUUUAUGAUUUUAAACGGGAGAAAAAUAUCUUGUUACACAAAAAAUGCCAGCUGACAGGUCAGGCAAUGAGAUUUUUUACACUUCUGUACAAUGCAACAGUUGGGAUUUUCCUUCUGACUUGUGAGCCAAUGUAUCUUAUUAUCCGUAGUAUCCUUUAUUAUAGUUCAAAGCAAGUGCAGGUCUUCAUCCUCAAUCUUACCCGUUUUAAGGGACGGUUCACCCAAAAAUGAAAAUUCUGUCAUCAUUUGCUCACCCACUUUUUAAUUCGACUCCUUUUAUUGAUUAAAACCCCAACAGCUCCUCGCAGUUCUUAUUCUUAUUCACAAACAAAUGCCUGCAUUUAAAUACGCAGGUUCACAAAUGAGGGCUAUGAUCGAGAAAAGAUUUUCAAUGAAUAAAAAUUUGCAUUUCUUUCUGAAUAAAAUCAGCUAUGCUGGUUUGGAAUGACAUAAGGGUGAGCAGUGCAGAAGUAACAUUUUUCGGGUGAAUUAUUCCUUUUAAAUGCAUUGCCACAUUGUUGGGGUGAACGCAUUAAUUAUUCGCACAAAAUGCACUUCCUUGCUCGUGAUAUCAUGAGGUGGUACAUGCAUGCCCAUUUAUUUUAGCAAGCAGACACCCAGCUACCUUCAAUAAUAUGAUGAUAGGAUGAUAAUGAAAACGCCAACUUCUUUUAAAUCUUUAAUUUUAUAAGUAUAGACAUUCUGUUUAAAGGAUUAGUCCAUUUCCUUAAAAAAAUACAUAUAAUUUACUCGCCACCAUGUCAUCCAAAAUGUUGAUGUCUUUCUUUGUUCAGUCGAGAAGAAAUUAUGUUUUUUGAGGAAAACAUUCCAGGAUUUUUCUCAUUUUAAUGGACCCCAACACUUAACAGUUUUAAUGCAGUUUAAAAAACAGUUUCAAAGGACUCUAAACGAUCCCAAACGAGGCAUUGUGGUUUAAAAGUGCAUAUUUUUUAUUUUCCUUGUCAAAAAUAACAAUCGUUUCGCUAGAUAAGACCCUUAUGCCUUGUUUGGGAUCGUUUAGAGUCCUUUGAAACUCAGUAAAAAAAACUGUUAAGUGUUGAAUUAAGUGUUAAGUGUUGGGGUCCAUUAAAAUGAGAAAAUCCUGGAAUGUUUUCCUCAAAAAACAUAAUUUCUUCUUGACUGAACAAAGAAAGACAUCAACAUUUUGGAUGACAUGGUGGUGAGUAAAUUAUCUGGAUUUUUUUUUUCAAGAAAAUGGACUAAUCCUUUAAAGCUUGCAUGGAAGUUUGGUUGCUAAUACUCAACAAAUACUGUGUCAUUUUGAUAAACCAUAGCAAAAACCCAAUGUGCCUCUGUCAUGUGUCCAUCCUGUUGUCAUAUUGUAAAUGGCAGUCUCAUGAAAAACACAUCUAGGCUGUAUUAAAACGCAAAGCCUGUUUAUAUGAUCCUUAAAGGGACAGUUCAUUUUGAUGAAAAUUCGGCCAUUAUUACCUCACCCUUGUGAUAUUUCAGACCUAUGUGACUUUUUAUUUUGCAUUUCUUUUAACAUUCUACAUUGCACUUACAUAUGUUUAGAAAACCAAUGACAUUUGGUAUGGGUUUGGUUUAUUCAUUAUAGCAAAACUUGUGUGCUAUAUUUGAUUUAAUGUAAACCUUGGGGUAUUAGAUUUUGUUUGGAGCAAAUUUAAUUGCAUUGUGACAUUAUUUUCAUUCCAGUUAAGCAGAUUUUUCAUUACGGAUUUUUACUUUGGAUUCUAGGAUCAUCCUGGACACCAUUAAAAUCAAAUCAUACUGAUACAAACACUGUACAAUUUUAAAAAAGAGUUUAAAAAAAUAAGGUCACAGUGCAAUAGGUUAUGCAAAAUGUUUUUUUCCAGGUGAUUUUGAUUUGGGGUUUAACCCGAACAGGUGUUCACCCAGCCAGAGGUUUUUGGCAUUUCAUCUUUUUAUGUAUUUGCACAUCCUAAAAGUGAACACCAUGGUUUUUACUCCUUGUCCAAUGGCAUAGUACAAUGUCUAAAUACUUAUUUCAUUCCAUAUAGAUAAUGUUUUUCCCACAAGAUUGCUCUGAUUCAUAGUUGGAGAUACUCUGUCCUUUCACCUUUUGAAGUAUUAGUACUGAAAUGUUCACUGUAAAAAUUCCUUGUUGGACAUUUAUGUUUUAAACUUGAAUUUUCAAUUCAUUCAACUUUCUUGACUCAUAAGGAAUUACGUUAAAUUAGCUUAAGUUUUUCCAACUUCAUUUUUAUAAUUUAUAGCAACUCCUCAAUAGUCAAGAAAGGUGAAAUUAAUUGUAAUUUCAAGUUGACUAAACUUAAAAAUUAAAGAGCAAUAAGGAAUUUUUACAGUGUACCAAGAUGCUUCAUAUUAAUUUAGUCUAGCUGUGUUAUUGUAAUAACCAUAACAAUGUUUAAAGCUUUUGGUACUUGAGAGGCAGAGAAAACUCUUUGUUUGUUUGUGUGUGUGUAAGUUCAUGUAUGAAUAAGAGAAAUAUGUAUUUGCUAGAUGUCGAUAGUGAAUUCUUGCACAAAUGGUUUUGAUGUUUCAGUGGAUCAUUUUGAGGAACAUGAGUUUUGUCAUGGUGUGUUGUAGUAUGAUCCUGAUUUCAUUCGGCCUUUGUUUUGGAUUUGUGUUGUGCAUUUUAUGACUUUUAACAGUUUGAAUGUGUACCUCCAACCUUGGCUGUGUACCUCUGUCAUUAGGAUGUAACUGUGAAUCUAUAGACUUUCAGUAUUUUACCUGCUGCUAAAUAGCAUUUCGUGCAUUUCAUGCAUUUUUGCUUUUUUUGUGAUGAAUUUCCUUAUAGAUUAAGGAUGAAGUCUUGGUGAAAUCUGUGAUGAUAAUUCAUUGAUUUAGUUUAGUAAAUUCAUUCAACAUAACAGCGAACCAUAUAUUCAGCCUGUUUUGGUUGUCAUUGCCAAUUGCUUUGCAGUAAAAAGCAUUUUCUUCAUAUUUGCACAUAGCUGCUUAUCUGUAAUAUUAAGAUUUUUUAUUAACACAUUUUAUUUUCAAGUAAUAACCUUUUGUAGUUUUGUAUAAAUUUUCUUUCUAUGACGUGCCAUGCACAGUAUUGUCUCUUUCGGAUAUUUUUGACUUUGUUUUAAUAUCCAUAUUGUGUACCAGUGGCAUUAGGAUUAUUUGUUUUCCAUUUUAAGGACCCUGAUUUUCAAUAUAGUAGUAUUACUAAGUGCUUACUUAUUCUGUAUAUUAUCAUUAUUAUCUUCACCAUUUCAUUAUAUGAAGUACAAUAUAUGUCAAGGGGUAACAAUCCUUUGUGUAGUGAGGGCGAAAACUACCACCAGAUUCUUAUCCAAGUAAUUACAACUGUACAUUUGUUGUUUUUAGUGAGUGAUGCAUUAGAUGUGUGUGAUGUGUAAUACCUCUCUCAUGACUAAAGAGCUGAACACACAACUGCAGCAAUUCAACACCUAAAGUAAGGUGUUUUGUUUAAGCAAUUCUGUUUGUGUACCUUUUUGUUUUAAUUUUCAGUAGACUGUAAGUAUACAUUUCUUCAAAUAAACAUGGUAUGACACUAA